AUGAGGGUGAAAAAGGAGCCGAAGUCGUCCGACUGCCUUCAUGCGUGCUCGGUGAGCGAUCGGCCCUGCUCGGUGACCGACAACUCGCCGACUUCAGACGAAGCCACCACUACUCCUUCCCAGGACACAGCGGGAACACAAACCGGCUUGGUGCACAGACCUGAACAAGAGCUCCUACCACCAGCCCCCUCCCACUCAUGGCGCGUGUUCCGCCCUUGGCAACAAGAGGUAGACCCUAGCAACAGCCAACACCCAAUCAUCGGACCGCACCCUCCUUAUGUCACAGAUGAGUAUGACGUCACCAUCGACCAAGAUGGCGGCGACCAGUUCGAAACCAAGGUCACCAAAACGUCCCGAAGGGCGACCUGGGGAGGCUACCAGGGGGAAGGUCAAGGUCAGGAAAAGCCGAUGGACUUGACGACGUUAAACAGGCAGCUGCCCAUGUCCAUGUUCAAACAAGAGGUGGAAAAAUCGCCCCGUGCGAAGGAAAGACACAUUUCGGACAGUUUUCAGUUACUGGAAAACGGCAGCGUGAAAGAAUACGAAGGAGAAAGCACCGUGUUCAAGUUCAACCAUAACCAGCCAACCGCGUUCGGACUCGACCCGGAGAGCUACGAGGCGUUCGCCAACUCUCCCCUCCUUCAAGGAAACGAACACACCUGGAAGACGUCUUCUAGCUUACGCGUGCGCACACCUGUGCCAUACAAGCCGUCGUUUUCCUUCAACUUGUUAUCUGACACUUACGUGCCGUCAACGUCGUACCACCACCGGUCGAGCCACCAUCACCUCUCGACCGGAUACAGCGCACGAACGGAAGUACGUGGCCCCACUUCCGUCAUUCACCAUCACGGGGACUACGUGCAGGGAAAUUUGAAUUUCCCGCCAAACGCAACGGCCGAGAGCGUCCCGACCAAUCGCAGCGGCGCUAGGGAGGCGGCCCUGAGGCAGUACGACAGGUGUAGCUGUACACCUCUGCGAGCCGGAUCGCAACAGUCACAUUAUGACCGCGGAGCGUCCGGUACCCCCGCGGCCACCAGUGUAAACACCAUCGCUGCCCGGCUGCACGCGCUGCGCCGCCGACAGUGCCAGUCCUACCGGGACAAGUACAACUACAUCUUCGGCAUGCGGGACGACCUGGUCCCGAGGAGGAGCGCGUCCAGGUCCGCUCGCAAGUUCGGGCUCUUCGUGGACUCUGCCAAACCAAAACCGGGAGACUUAGACGCCCAACACUGCCUAUGGAAGGCGCAGCAGAUAGCGAGGCAGAUUUGCGCUCAAACUGGCCUUAAAACAGGACACAACUAA